GUUAGUUGCAAGAGUUGGAAAAGAACUACUAAGGUUGCACCUGUGACCAUAUAGAUUGCUAAUAGUUGCCUGCCAUCCGUGAGCACAGCCACCUUUGAACCCUAUAAUGCGCAUGCGCAAUUAGCUACGCGUAGAUAGCCAGUAAUCUCUAACUUUUUUUUUUUUUUUUUUUUUUCUCAGUAAUCUCUAACAGAGAACUUAUUAAUCACUUGUCUUCUCACAAUCAAACUUCUUUGGUCUAGUAGUUUACCUUACCAAUUGCAAAACUGGCAAUGGCUACUCAGGACAAGUUAGAGAGUGCCUCGGAAGUAUUCAGAGAAGAGCUGGUACACACUAAAUGUGCAACCAUCAACACAACACCUGUUGGGACUGCAGCUCAAUUGAACCAAGAGUGCUCGAAUGAAGCUCUUCGCCUGUUGUCUACCAAAAUUGUGGGAUACAACAAAUACAAGCACAAGCUGGGCCUGAGUAGUGCUGACAUAGACGAAAUUGAUAAUGAUCCAAGAAGCUUUUACAGUACACAUAGCAAAUUUCACGCUGCUCUACUGAAGUGGAAGAGUAAAAGUAUUGAUUUAGACAAUCCAUCAAAUUCAACGGCUACUUACGGUCGAUUAGUAGAAAUUGCUAAAGAGGACAAGGACGGAGAGGCAAUUAGGGAAAUUCACAAGGCUUGUGUCAAGCAUACAACGACUGCAGCUCAGUUGAACCAAGAGUGCUCGAAUGAAGCUCUUCGCCUGUUGUCUACCAAAAUUGUUGGAUACAACAAAUACAAGCACAAGCUGGACCUGAGUAGUGCUGACAUAGACGAAAUUGAUAAUGAUCCGAGAAGCUUUUACAGUACACAAGAAAAAUCUCACGCUGCUCUACUGAAGUGGAAGAGUAAAAGUAUUGAUUUAGAUAAUCCAUCAUAUUCAACAGCUACUUACGGUCGAUUAGUAGAAAUUGCUAAAGAGGACAAGGACGGAGAGGCAAUUAGGGAAAUUCACAAGGCUUGUGUCAAGCAUACAAGUAAGAUUUCUGCUUACUCUUCAACCGUGGUGGCAGCUGCACCCACACCAGCUAUUGGAAAGUAUGCAGCAUACUUGAAAACAGUGUACAUUCGGUCAAAGCUCCCGGUUAAAGGAAAAUGGCCUCCUGCUCCCUGUAAGAAGAUAAUCAAGCUAGCUACUAUUGAAAUUGAAAAUGAUCGCUCACAUUUAGCAUUGUGUAAGCUAAAUAGGUCCGAGUCGAUUGAUGAGUACAUGCAAAACAAUAGAAUGGAUCCCAUUUCAAUGGAAGACAUUUUAACUGAAAAAGACGGUUCACUGCCAAAAGCUGUAAUCGUUCAAGGAGUCCCAGGAAUAGGCAAGUCAACUUUUGCAUGGAAGUUUUGUAGAAAGUGGGCUAAAGGGAAAAUCUAUCAGCAGUAUGAUCUGGUUGUUUUGUUGCGCAUGCGUGAUACAAGAGUGAGAGAAGCAACCAAACUCAACAAUCUCUUCUUCUCAGAAGAUGCAGACUUUUCAAAUGAAGUAGCGAAAGCAGCCAUUUCUAGUGGUGGACAAGGCAUUCUCCUUCUAAUGGAAGGAAUAGACGAGCUUCCUGCUUCUUGUUUAGCUGAUGGCAUGCCUCUUUCUAACUUGCUUCAAGGUGAAUCCCUUCCCUUAGUUACCAUCAUAGUAACCAGUAGACCCUGGGCUGUGCAGACACUAGAGGAAAAAUGCGGGGAUCAGAUUUCUCGACAGGUGGAAAUAUUGGGCUUCACAAGAAAUGACAUAUUGAGGUACAUUUCAUAUGCUUUCACUGAGGAGGAAAAGACAGAGUUUUUAGACUACCUCCGCUCCCACCCUCAGCUGGAGUCCAUCAUGCACAUCCCACUGAAUGCUGCCUUUGUUGUUCAGAUCUACAAGCAAUUUCGUCGUUCUCAGCAAGCUAUCCCUAGCACCUUGACCCAGCUCUACACAGCUCUUGUUGAGGGUCUCUUACUCCGCUAUAUCAAGUCAGUUCCUGAGUUUGAUACUCUAAAGAUUAUCAGUGUUUCAAGCUUACCAGAACCAGUACAAACACAUUUCCUUCAGCUUUGCCUACUAGCUUUCAUGAGCUUCACCAAGCUGACUGUUCAAGUCACGUUCACUGAUUCAGAAGCAGCUUUGUACGAGUGUUUUGAUUUCCUUGGUCUCAUGCAGUCCUCAACUGAACUUACCACAAACACUAGUACCACUGUAUCCCACAGCUUCCUCCAUUUCACAAUCCAAGAGUUUCUAGCAGCUUACCAUCUCUCUAAACAGCCGUCCCAAGUGCAGGAGCUGUUUUUGGAAGUUCACAGCAAAGAUCCACAAUUUUCAAUGCUGAUUACAUUUCUGGUUGGAUUGAACAGCAGCGUUCUGCAUUGUAUUAAACUGCCAGAGUCAGAAAUUCAAGAUUUGUCCACAUUUCACUUGCACUUGUUGUAUGAAACACAAUCCCCCAAGGAUGUAUGCAAGUUCUUAGGAAUUAAGACCGUCUAUUAUUAUCCUAGCUUAACAAGUACAUCACUUGACCUACAUGCAUUAUCGUAUUGUCUUUGCUCCAGCACCUGUCAUUGGGAUUUAAAAAUCAGUCUGCGAAACUUCUCAUCACUCUUUCCCAUCUCCGACGAGGUUUACAAGGGGCACAUAAGACAACUAAACAUUAUUGAUGCUUCUCAGAAUAACCUUGAAUUGUUCUUUUCUCUUCCCAAUCGUCUCUUUUCAGACAUGUACAGCCUUGUAAUUAGAUCUUGUGAACCUGUUGAAUCUGUAGUUGGAGACAUCUUAAGUGACGGCCGGUUAAUGAACUUGAAACAAUUUUCUUUUUGGAAUAAGACUUUUCAAGUAUCUUGUGAUUUGAGCUUGAUAAUGGAAAGUCUGUUAGCUUCUCACCCUAAUCUUGUUUACAUAGGAAUAGGAAGUACUGUCAUCUCAUCCUCUGGUAUGGCUGGAUUAUGCAAAUACAUGAGUUCUCGCUCUGGUUCACCUGAGCUUACAUUGUAUCUUCCACAAAACAGCAUUGAAACUGAAUCCCUUAAUUUGCUGAUUAGUACUGUUGCAUUUUCAAAGAUUCUUACUCAUUUGGAUAUUUCUUUCAACCAUCUUUCAAUAGAAUUAUUAGAAAUGCUUUCUGUUGCUCUUUCUGCAAAUUUAUCUUUGAAAACGUUAGGGAUGGAUAGUUGUUCAAUCGAUGGUGAAGGAGCUGAAUUAUUAUCCACUGGACUGGAGGAGAAUCGAACUCUCUUCGGAUUAGAUCUUCGCCGAAAUCUCAUCAAUGUGAAUGGAGCUGCUGCUCUGGCUUCAAUGCUUACUGUGAACACUUCAUUACAAAUACUUUAUCUUUCACACAACGAACAAAUCGGUCAUGUGGGAGCUCUAAGACUGAUCAGUGCACUACAAGAUGACAACAAGACUCUUGCGACACUUAGCCUCCCUGCAGAAUGUGAGCCAAUUGAAUAUGGAUCGAUCUUGAUGAAUGAAAUACGAAAGAGUGGUCGCAUAGAAUUCAUCAAUAAUACAAGUUCAGUUUGGAACACAAUAGCACACGAGUUCACAUCAUUAGACAUAUGGCCUUAUAAUUAGUCUUCAGUAAACUAAUGUAGUGCCUGAACACUUUCUCAUCGUAUACGUAGUUAUGAUCUUUGUAAUUAUAAUAGUGUUGUUACAAUGUACAGUAUUAUAGACAACUACCGUCUCAUAAUAACUUGUAAACUACGUCACGUACUAUCACAAUGAUGUGAGUUUCACUUUCGACAUGUAUAUAGGGUGAUUACUGUAAUAGUGAAGUCCGUUAGGUUUUGUAGAUACUUGAUGGUUGUCUUCAAGUCAAAGCCAGCUCCACAGAACUGAGGUGCAUUAUUUUGGGCUCUAUACAAUACCUGUGGCCGUAUAACUAUAAGAGAGAACCUGUAGUAUCUGCAAGGUUAGGGUUAAGGUUAGGAUGGCGAUAAAAAUGCAUGCAAUUAUGACAUAAUUAUUCCACAGUGCUGUAAAAAUAUUUGCUACAAAUGCAUGCUAAAAAUUACAUACAACCUACAAUUAUGUAUAGAGUGUUCUUGACGGCCUAUGCACGGGCAUGUGUAUAGAAGGUAUACGUAUAUCAUUAUGAGACAGUCUGGGUAUUAACCUCCAAAUCUUUACAUUUUUAUUGCUAUACCUACGGUUGCUGUCAUGUGAUGUUUGCAUGGUGAGUGUACAGAAGGUGAUGGUGAACUCUGUCUCCUCACACAGCAACACAACACCAGCGUACAGUGACUGAGGGGGUGGGGGGGGAAAACAAACUUGUACUCAUCACACGACCUUAUCAGAGUACGUAUAUUUAAGAACACUGGCGAUUUGAUAUACCGUCGUAAGAAGACGAGGAUAGGAAUCUGAUAAUGGCGCAGACUAUAUAGUGUUCACUGUAUAUGUAUGUAUAUUGUGCAUGCAGUAGUUGAUCUAUAGGUGUGUGUUGGGUUGUACCAGAUCGAGUACAUUCAUUCAUACAUGCAGUACAUGUAUACAUGCAUGUACAUACACAAGGGUCCAGCUGGAGGAAUACAUAAAGUCAUUGUAGCUGCAUGAGGUCACAGCAAUACACACAUGCAUGCAUGCACACACAAAUAUCCACCUUCGAUAUCCAUUCACACGGUACACACACGACACCACACUUAUUAAUACUCCCUUUCACUCUACAUUUCUGUGGUGUAGACCUUGGUGCCUAUUCUCAUACACCCUGCAUGUAAUUGCUAGCCAGUGGGUAGAUUGUGUACUCUGCAGUAAACAAGUUUGGAUAAGUACCAUGCAGAGGGGAGUUACAUACACAAGGGUCCAGCUGGAGGAAUACAUAAAGUCAUUGUAGCUGCAUGAGGUUCACAGCAAUACACACAUGCAUACACAGAUAUCCACCUUGGAAACCACCCCACAAGGUACACAAGAAACCACAAUCAAUAAUAGUACCUUUCAUCUUGUUUUUGGGAGACAAAUUAGAACGUUACUAAUCAUAUUCAUUUUUUUGUGGUGUAAAGACUCUAGGAUCUAUUCACAUAAACCCUAACGGAUAUGUACUCUAUAUAGUAAACAAGUGGUUUCCCUUAUCACUGUUAUGGUGGGCCCUAUAGCCUCGAUUCAAGGCCGAUUAAAAUAUUUUUAUUGGCCUUGAAUCGAGGCUAGGUGGGCCCUCACCUUAUUGACAUCGUAGUCCCCUCCCUGACUGGAGAGACUGAUGACUGACUCACCCACACUCUGGUCACACCACUGUAUAUACUAUUUAAGUGUUAUAAGGCAAUCUAAUAAGGAAAAUUAAUGUGCAUGCAAGGAGAUAUACAUGCAUGUAUACGAGUGUAGCCUGUAUAGGUUAAUUGGUCUGUGUAUGUACAUUAUAUAUUCAGCAAUAUAUAACAUUUCAUUUCCACUCAAUACAGUGAAAACUGUCUCGAGUGCAUGGUCACCAUUAUAGUUGCUUACCAACACAGGUACAAACACAUGCAUACUUAUACAUGCAUGUACCAGUCUGCAUAGUGGGUGCAUGUGGAAGGAAAUGGUGAACUCUGUCUCCUUAUGCACAUAGUGACACCAUGCCAGCGUACAGUGACUAGCUGAGAGGAGGGUGCAGGGGGCAAAGAACAAACAUGUACUCCCUUAUAUCAGGAGUACAUAUAGAGGAAUAUUGAAAGUUUGUGUACGAUACUGAAUAUGAACUUCAAGACAAGGAUAUAGACACGUACAACUCUGAUCAUGGCACUAUUCCUAAAAGCUAUCUAGUAUAUGCAACCAUCAUCUACAGCACUGGGCCAUGGUAUGCAUGCAUGCACACUAGCACACACAUGCCAGCUGUUUUUUGGUAGAUCUGAGAUAUACAGUCCAUUUCCUGAGUGAUGAAAGCAUUGUGGUACAU